ACAACUCCUUCGAGCAGCUGUGCAUCAACUACACCAACGAGCGUCUGCAGCAGCUCUUCAACCACACCAUGUUCAUCCUGGAGCAGGAGGAGUACAAGAGGGAGGGCAUCGAGUGGAACUUCAUCGACUUCGGCCUGGACCUGCAGCCCUGCAUCGAGCUGAUCGAGAGGCCGAACAACCCCCCAGGCAUCCUGGCGCUGCUGGACGAGGAGUGCUGGUUCCCCAAAGCCACCGACAUCUCCUUUGUGGAGAAACUGCUCAACACUCACGCAGAACACUGCAAAUUCACCAAACCCAAACAGCACAAGGACAAGCUGAUGUUCACCGUGCUGCACUACGCCGGCAAGGUCGACUAUAACGCCGCCAACUGGUUGACCAAGAACAUGGACCCUCUGAACGACAAUGUCACCGCUCUGCUCAACAACUCAUCCAGCACCUUCAUCCAGGACCUGUGGAAAGACGUGGACCGAGUGGUGGGUCUGGAGACCAUGACCAAGAUGUCGGAGAGUUCAGUUCCCAGCUCCACCAAGUCCAAGAAGGGCAUGUUCCGGACCGUGGGUCAGCUGUACAAGGAGAGUCUGUCCAAGCUCAUGACCACCUUACACAACACACAGCCCAACUUCGUCCGCUGCAUCAUCCCCAACCACGAGAAGAGGUGUGGAAAAAUGGACGCCCACCUGGUCCUGGAACAGCUGAGGUGUAACGGAGUCCUGGAGGGGAUCCGGAUCUGCAGACAGGGUUUCCCAAACCGCAUCGUGUUCCAGGAGUUCAGACAGAGGUAUGAGAUUCUGGCUGCCAACGCCAUCCCCAAAGGCUUCAUGGAUGGAAAACAGGCCUGCUGUCUGAUGGUCAAACACCUGGACCUGGAUCCGAACCUGUACCGGAUCGGUCAGAGUAAGAUGUUCUUCAGAACCGGAGUCUUGGCUCAGCUGGAGGAGGAGCGAGACCUCAAACUCACCGUCAUCAUCAUCGCCUUCCAGGGACAAGCCCGAGGCUUUCUGGCCCGAAAGGCGUUCAGUAAACGUCAGCAGCAGCUCACAGCCAUGAAGGUGAUCCAGAGAAACUGCGCCUGUUACCUGAAACUGAGGAACUGGCAGUGGUGGAGGCUCUUCACUAAGGUGAAGCCCCUGCUGCAGGUGACCCGACAGGAGGAGGAAAUGGGCCAGAAGGAGGAGGAGCUGAAGGCGGCCAGAGAGGUGGCGGCCAAAGCCGAGGCCGAGCUGAAGGACAUCAGUCAGAGACAGACCCAGCUGCUGGACGAACGGGCCCAGCUGGAGUCCAGGCUCCAGGCCGAGACGGAGCUGUACACCGAGGCCGAGGAGAUGAGGGUGAGGCUGGAGGCCAAGAAGCAGGAGCUGGAGGAGGUGCUGCACGAGAUGGAGGCCCGACUGGAGGAGGAGGAGGAGCGAAGCAACGGCCUGAUGCAGGAGAAGAAGGACAUGGAGCAGCAGAUGCAGCUGAUGGAGGCUCACAUCGCUGAGCAGGAGGACGCCUGUCAGAAGUUACAGCUGGAAAAAACAGCUGUGGAGGGAAAAGUGAAGAAGCUGGAGGAGGACGUGCUGAUGAUGGAGGACCAGAACAACAAACUGCUAAAGGAGAGGAAGCUUCUGGAGGAGAGGAUGGCUGAUCUGAGCUCCAACCUGGCCGAGGAGGAGGAGAAAUCCAAGAACCUGACCAAACUCAAGGCCAAACACGAGUCCAUGAUCUCUGAGCUGGAGGUUCGUCUGAAAAAGGAGGAGAAGGGUCGUCAGGACAUGGAGAAGGCCAAGAGGAAGGUGGAGGCGGAGCUUGCCGACCUCCACGACCAGAACGCCGACCUUCAGGCCCAACUCGCCGAACUCCGAGCCCAGCUGGCCGCCAAGGAGGAGGAGCUUCAGGCCACACAGGCUCGUUUGGAGGAGGAGAGCAAUCAGCGAGGGGCGGCGGUGAAGAAAAUUCGGGAGUUGGAGUCGUUGCUUUCGGAGCUUCAGGAGGAUCUGGAGGCGGAGAGGAUGGCCAGAGGGAAGGUGGAGGCGGCAAGACGCGACCUCAGCGAUGAGUUGAACGCUCUCCGCUCUGAACUGGAGGACAGUCUGGACACGACGGCCGCCCAGCAGGAACUACGGGCGAAGCGUGAACAGGAAGUGGCCAUGUUGAAGAGAGCCAUAGAGGAGGAGGGGCGGAGCCACGAGGCCCAGGUCCAGGACCUGAGGCAGAAACACAACCAGGCUGUGGAGGAGCUGACGGAGCAGCUGGAGCAGGCCAAGAGGGUGAGGGUCGGUCUGGAAAAGGCCAAACAGGCUCUGGAGAAGGAAGCAGCAGAUCUGAGCGCUGACCUCCGAUCCCUGGCCAACGCCAAACAGGAUGUAGAACACAAGAAGAAGAAAGUGGAGGCUCAGCUGAACGACCUCCACUCACGCUUCAACGAGAGCGAAAGGCAGAGGACGGAGCUGGGAGAGAAAAUGUCCAAGAUGACGAUGGAGCUGGACAGUGUGACCAGUGUCCUGAACGAAGCAGAAGGAAAAAACAUCAAACUGAGUAAAGACAUCAGCAGUCUGAGCUCACAACUCCACGACACACAGGAGCUGCUGGCAGAGGAAACCCGUCAGAAGCUGAACGUGUCAGGGCGUCUCCGUCAGAUGGAGGAGGAGAGGAACAGCCUGGUGGAGCAGCUGGAGGAGGAGAGCGAGGUCAAGCGGAGCGUGGAGAGGCAGGUGUCCAGCCUCAACAUGCAGCUGUCCGACUACAAGAAGAAGCUGGACGAGACGCUGGCGAACGUGGAGCUGCUGGAGGAGGGGAAGAAGCGUCUGCAGAGGGAGCUGGAGGCGGCCAACACCGACUACGAGGAGAAGGCGUCGGCCUACGACAAACUGGACAAGAGCCGAGGACGUGUUCAGCAGGAGCUGGAGGACGUCCUCAUGGACCUGGACAACCAGCGGCAGCUUGUCUCCAACCUGGAGAAGAAGCAGAAGAAGUUCGACCAGAUGUUGGCAGAAGAGCGAUCCGUCUCCUGUAAAUUUGCCGAAGAGCGAGACCGGGCCGAGGCUGAGGCGAGGGAGAAGGAGACCCGGGUGUUGGCUCUGAGCCGAGCUCUGGAGGAGAACCAGGACGCCCUGGAGGAGGCCGAGAAGACCAUCAAAGCCCUGAGGGUGGAGAUGGAGGACCUGAUGAGCUCCAAGGACGACGUGGGGAAGAACGUCCAUGAUCUGGAGAAAGCCAAGCGAGGCCUGGAGACCCUGGUGGAGGAGAUGAGGGCUCAGAUGGAGGAGCUGGAGGACGAGCUGCAGGUGGCGGAAGACGCUAAACUCCGCCUGGAGGUCAACGGACAGGCCAUGAAAAGUCAACACGAGAGGGAGAUUCAGGCCCGAGACGAGAUGGGAGAAGAAAAAAGGAAACAGCUGAUCAAACAGGUGCGUGAGCUGGAGGCAGAGCUAGAGGAGGAGAAGAAGCAGCGAGGCCAGGCAUUGGCUGGAAAGAAGAAGAUGGAGGGGGAGCUGAAGGACAUGGAGGAGCAGCUGGAGGCCACGGGGCGGGGCCGCGAGGAGGCCGUCAAACAGCUGCGCAAGUUCCAGGCCCAGGUCAAGGAGCUCCAGAGAGACCUGGACGAGUCCCGUUUGGCCCAGAAGGAGCUGGUGUCCUCAGCCCGGGAGGCAGAACGCAAAAGCAAAACCAUGGAGGCCGAGAUGGUCCGCCUGCACGAGAUGUUGGCGGCAGCUGAAAGAGCUCGUAAACAGGCGGAAACAGAACGAGAUGAACUGCACGAAGAACUGACCAGUAACUCAUCUGGAAAGUCUCUGCUGUCGGAUGAAAAACGCCGUCUGGACGCUAAGAUCAGCCAGUUGGAGGAGGAGCUGGAGGAGGAGCAGGCCAACGUGGAGAGUCUGAACGACCGCCUGAGGAAGAGUCAGCAGAUGGUGGAGCAGAUGGGGGCGGAGCUAGCGGCCGAGCGGGCGUCGUCCCAGAGUAAGGAGGGGUCGAGGCAGCAGCUGGAGCGGCAGAACCGAGAGCUGAAGGCCAAGCUGACGGAGAUGGAAGGACAGGGCCGAUCCAAACUCAAAGCCUCUGUCGCCGCCCUGGAGGCCAAGCUGAGGGAGGUGGAGGAGCAGCUGGAAGCGGAGAGCAGGGAGCGACAGGCCAACGCCAAGAACCUGCGUCAGAAGGAGAAGAAGCUGAAGGACUUUGUGCUUCAGAUGGAGGAUGAGCGGAAACAGGCUCAGCAGUUCAAAGACCAGGCGGAGAAAGGAAACAUCCGGCUGAAGCAGCUGAAGCAUCAGCUGGAGGAGGCGGAGGAGGAGGCGCAGAGGAUGGCGGCGGCCCGCAGGAAGCUGCAGAGGGAGCUGGAGGAGGCGGGGGAGGCCAACGACACCCUGAGCAGGGAGGUGUCUGCACUGAAGAGCAAACUGAGGUGA